UCACAUGCACGUGGCCUCUCCCUCUUUCUCUGCUCUCCGACAAAACUAUCUUCUAUCUCGCUCGGCUACAAAAUCCACUUUGUUAUUGACAAACAACCUCGAGACCGAUGGAAAAGUACCAGAAAAUGUGUAUAAUAAACUGAUAUUUUUAGCGUUGGACUUCAUUAUGAAAAACACUGUACUCCAAUUAUUUCUUUUAAAGUUGGGUUCCUUUCCUGAUGCUUUCCAUUUGGCUUCUGAGCAAAUGUUCUGUCCAUCUAUCCGUGGGAGCUACUGAGAAAAAAGUCCGCACUAGUGUUCGAAUUUCCUAUAGAUUAACCCACACAGUGACACAAAUUUAGUUGCUCUUUUGCCAAUUGGGGGCUCGUCUUGUAUACGUAAACGGGAGAGCCGACCGAUCUUUGGUAGUAUGCGUGUUUCACAGGUGUUCUCACAAAUACCACCACACAGUGCGCUGCUCUCUCGCGCUCACUGUUCGACUAUCGGUGUGAGGGAGAGCUACACUUGUGUUUGUAAUUCCCCAGCGAUCACCAACACCAAUUAAUAAAUUAGUGCUCUCAGAAGGGGAAUCAGCUGGUGGAACAGCUGUUUGGGGACAACUUCUAUAAUGAUAUGCUAGGUCAGGUUUAUUAAACAAGGAUAAAAGGAACCCACUUAAUAACAAAAACUGUACUUUUUGAAGGAGAAUUCAUGUGAUCAUUUCAUGACAAAGUCCAAAGCAAAGCACGUGGCCAAACAUUAAAACAUACAUAUAAAAAUUCAGUCACGUAGGCCUUGCGCGGUUCUAGCCGGUUACACCCUGUGUAUAUAUGUAUGUAUGAUGUGUAUAUAUAAAUAUGAGUGAACGCACUGACGAUAAUGGCGACCUACAUACAUAUGUAUAUGUAUAUCGCUCUCACCGAUCGUCUCGAACCAGAUGGGUAUAAAAGGCAGCUGUCUCUCUCACUUGGUAAUCAUUAAUCUGCGUCAAGAUGAGUUCCAAUUCGCUGUUUGAAACCGAAGAAGAUGUCGCCCAGGCCAACAAGUUGUCCCGAAAAAUGAAGGAAUCCCCCUUCAUGCUGGUGGGGAUUGCCGGAUUCGUGGCCGCCGGGCUGGUUGGAGCCUACAAAUACCGGAACCGAGGAUCGAUGAGCACCAGCGUGUUUCUGAUGCAGUUGCGAGUGGCCGCCCAGGGAACUGUGGUAGGCUGUUUGACUGCCGGGUUAGCUUACACAAUGGCCAAGGAGUAUCUGUUGCACGAAAAUUCAAAGGACGAUAUCAAAAAUUACGACUAAAGAACACGAAAUUUGUGUAUAAAAAAAGGACUAUUUACUUAAUUGUGAUGUUCCAGCCCGCCGUCAUCAACCAAACUCUAGAUGUUGAAAAAUUCUCGUUUUGGGAAUGAACUACCAGCGCACUGCCUUUUAGUAUUAGCCGCCUAGUUUUAUACAUAUUUUACCUUGGUCUCAUUUAUAUUGUGCCAUCAAAUCAUUGCUUUAUACAAUAAAGAAUGUUUUUUAUAUAAAAAAUACCACCUAUACUCGUUUUCCGAACCAAAAAAUUUAAAAACAAUCAUUUGAAAUACCUAUCUUUUGUAUAUAAACAAAAAUAAAAGUCUACACCAUUUGAAUAAUUACAACUGAAUAAAUACAAAGUUCUUAUCAAA